CAGGUGGUGUGACAGCUCAAGGGUAAAAAGGUAACAACAUGGCUUUGCGAACCCUAACUACAAUAGGCCGGAAAAUUUCUGAAUGGAAUCUCUUAAAGAUUACAACAGUUUUCGCGACCAACACUCGCAAUCUGAAACAAGUUACCCAGAGCGAAACAGCAGACGGUACAUUAGUGAUAGCCGGUACUUACGUCCCUUCAGACAGAGCGAGUAAUUUGGUCACAGUCAAGCUAGACCAUGAGGGGCCUUGCAGUGCUUGUUACAUGUGCAAACUUAAUCUUGAUGUCAAACAUACGGAUGUCCUGAUACUUAGUCAGUUUCUGAGGACAGAUGGAUGUAUGCUUCCUCGCAGAAUAACAGGUUUAUGCAAAAGGCAGCAGAAGCGUAUUGGAACAAUGGUUACCAUGGCACAGAAGGCUGGCCUGAUGUCAAACAUUAAUCCAUCGUGGAGCCACAAGGACCCAAGAAAGAGAUACAGAUACAAGAAAUGGAAUUCUUAUUGGGAUGAAACUACAAUCAAAUGCUAGAAAUUUAACAUUCAGAAAUGCACAUUCUACUGGCUCAUUAUCCUGGUUUGUUAGUUGCUCAAGAUUAAAUUUUGCUUCAGCUAUAUCAUCACACAAUGACAAAGAUGCCUGAAAUUCAGAUUUUAAAAUAGGUAUAAAAGUAAUAUUAGAAAAGUCAUAAAAUUAAGCUAAGCUCAGAAACACAGCUUAAAUUAUUCAAACUAACUUACAAGCAGCAGUGCUUUUCCUUCUUGCUUCCGACCAUCAAGUAAAGCCAAGACAGCCAAAUUAUUACAGGCUUCACAAUGAUAUGCGUUAAUUCGUCGGGUCAGUUUCCAACAAAGCUCUGCUAAUUGCAAGUCUCCCGUCGCCAGACCUACGUGGCCGGCGUUGUACCAUAUCAUUGCCAGCAAGUGCAAGUCAUCUUUCACUGCAAGACUAAGGGCAUUUUCAAUGCAAGGAAUUACCAUGUCAAACUGUUGUGUUUUUAGACAGCAUAAGGCAAUAUUGCAGAACACUUCUGCAGUAUGUAUUCCCAUUUGAAGAAGUCGCCUUUAAGAAAAGUCACUACUUUAGCUUAUUCGCUCGUUUUGAAAUUUUUCUAACACGUUACAAACCCACCUGUAAAGCACAAGGGCCCAUUCCGGCUGCCCAGUAUAGAAGAGGUAUGCUGCAAUACAUGCCACUGCCUCGGUGUUGCUACAGUC